GCGGGGUCUGCGCGCUUCGACGGCACACCACGCACACUCGCAAACCGCACCAGCCUCGAGGUUUGGCCUGUUUGGCUGCCACCUACGUUCUGUAAUUGUCGAGUUGCGCCCCAUAAAUAUCCGAUGCCAGUAUUUCCGUCCAAGCUGUCUCCUAACGGCGUUAAGUGUUUGCCGCUGUUUCUUCGCGGCACCGUAGUGAAAGGUUUUGGCCGAGGCAGCAAGCAGUUGGGUAUACCCACCGCCAACUUCUCGCAAGAGCUGGUCUCAAAAAUUCCGGCGGGACUGGAUUGUGGCGUCUACUACGGUUGGGCUUCCGUCAAUGACGGCCCUGUCAACAAGAUGGUGAUGAGUGUUGGUUGGAACCCGUACUACAAGAACGAGAAAAAGUCUGUGGAAACUCACAUCAUGCACAAGUAUGACCAAGACUUCUAUGGGGCAAUGCUCAAAGUUGUGGUGCUGGGCUAUCUGAGGCCUGAAAAGAACUUCAGCUCUCUAGAUGAGCUAGUUUCAGCGAUCAAAGCAGACAUCCAGAACGCCGACGAAAGCCUAAACCGUGAAGAGUGGCGGCAGUUCAAGGGUCACAGGUUUUUCACAGAGAACGUUACAAAUGGCACCGACAUCGUGCGCCAGGAGACGUGAUCCUGGGAUUUUUAGAGAAAUUUUACAAUUGUCCCCACCACUUUUUCGUACGUUCCUUACUGCGACACAUGCUAAGUUAUUUGUAUCGUUUCUGUUCCAUCACCUUUCCAAACUGAAGCACAUUCCGUGUCCCCGGUGUGGAGCAUUUAUGAAGAUGUGUUUGUUGCAGAAGUGAGUGGUUUAAUUUCCCGUCAUUCUUCAAGCAUGGCCUCGUGAAGGAAUUAUCUCUGAGGCGGCAUAUUAAUGGAAAGCUUGCGGCAGCUUUCCAUUCAUUACCAUCUUAUUGUGUCCAUUAUCUCCACAAGAACUAAAUUAUUUGUAUCACUCUCUUUCAUUAUUUGUUCAAAUUGGAAGCUCAUUUUCAGUGCCCCAGUGUAGCGCACUUUGCAAGACGUUUUCUUCUUUUAGCAAGACAUCUUCAACUUUUAGCAUUUGUUUCUUUUGGAAGUGUGAUUAUUUAAAACAGUAUUUAGAACCUAGACUAGAUAUGUUAGCACAUGUUUUUUACAAACACUGGUGUUGACUUGUUUCAUAUUGAAAGAAACAGUUGAAAGUAUGUUAAUAGUGUCAUCUAUUUUUUAUGUAUCACUGUUGUCACAGUCAACAAAAUGUGAGGAAACCUGACUUUGCACAAGUCCACCAAGUGAAACAACUGUAAUUUCCAUGUUGUGCAAGGAAGUUACAAAGCAGUUAAGAAACAAACGUAAUUUGUCAGUGUUUUUCUGUUAAACAUCUUACCCUAAACAAAUUUAACUCAUCACUGUCACGAUCCAACUCAUAUGCACUAAGGAAAUAGUUAACCACCGAGAUUUCGCAUAAACAUUGGACAAGGGUCCAAUGCCAUUGAAAAGACCUUAGCACACAAGAAAAGGAAACUCAGAAAUGUUCAUUGCCUGCAUUUCACAUUUCAUGUUUACUCAAGAUAUUGAAAUUAGUGGAAGCGUUCCUUCUUCAUGCUGUAAAGGAUCACAUUAAGUAAAAAAAACACAAGCUUUAAAGUUUCAUUGUUUAUUUCUGGCAUUAUUGUUGACAUGCGAGUACUGUAAUGUAAAUCUGCCAUGCUUUUUCAUUUUGAAAUCAUGACAUUGUAAUUUGAGAUGGCCAUGGACAUUUUGGGGUGAGCUGUAUGAUAUUUUCUAUGCCCUAAAUUGAUAAGAGCUUUCUUUUCUUUUUAUCUUUGCUUGCUAAAAAUAUAAAAAGGAUGAUUGGAUAACCAUGGCAGAGGGCAUUUUUCCUGCAAAAAACCUAUAUAGGCUGAUUGCGAUUGUGUGGUCGUCCACUCUGCAUGAAAAACCUUUCAGAAGUAAAGAAACGGUUCACUGUUGAGGCUGCAUAGCAGAGCAGGCUACUUUAGCAUAAGGAAGGUAGCCCACUGGGCAAGCCUCAUGACUGAAAAAAAAAGACUGCUCACUUAGUACAUUUUUGCUGUUAAAUGUUACAAUAAGUACCCAUUAAGCGCAUACAGUGGAAGCCUGCUAGCACAUUCCUUACCAAUAGGUUCUUGUGGUUAUGAUGUUGCUGAAGCCUACGAGAAUAGAUAGCAGCAUGUUUGCAUAGUGUUUUCUGGGUGCUAUUCCCUGUGAAAAACAUGUUAGAAAGGUUCUACUGCAGUAGUUAUGCUAAGUUUUUCCUUUUAUGGCUUGUCUAGUGGGAACAAGUUGUUGGCUGGCCUUUUCAAGCACAUGUGCUUAAUGUAUUACUAAUUUAUUCAUUUUUAGCGGGACUGGUUUCUGUUACUGCGGUGUUUGAAGCAGUCUUGUUGGGUUUAUCGUAUUUGCUUAAUGUCUGCCUAUGUUAUAUUGUCUUCGAGGUGCAGGCUUUUAAUAUUAUGAUGCUUUGCUGGCGUUAUGUGGCACAUUUACUCAUUUUCCAUACAAUUUCAGUACCACCAUCUCCACCGAACAGCACAGUAGUGAAAUGUAACAUGCUUUAUUGGAAGUAAAGUUCCUGACAUGCUUUGUUUUAAUUCUGAUGCAUUGAAAGGCAUCAGCAUGGUGCAUUUGCAAAGAGAUCUGACCUAUUGGCACUUUUUUCUUUUUUCGUCAUAUAUGUAUCUAGCAUUAGAGUGCACCUGUAUUUUAAUAAAGGAGUCACGGUUACAUG